UAAUUAAAUGGAGAUUGAAUUCCGAUUCACACUUUCCUAAAAACUAGUAAUUCACAUUCAAACUUUUAUGACCUCCAAAAAAUACGAGGCCAUAAAAACAGAGAGAGGCGGAAUCCUCAACAGAGCUUCACCAUCUCCGAAUCGGCCGAUCUCAUUCUCUAGUCAGAGGAGAUCGUUCCAUGGCAGCCACGGCGGCCGGAGAAUCGAAUUCCUCCGUGAAGCAGAAGGAGAUUAAAGGCCUCCUAUUGGGGCGAUACGACGUCGGGAAGCUCCUAGGGCACGGAACGUUCGCGAAGGUGUACCUCGCCAGGAACAUCAAAACCAACGAGAAUGUGGCGAUUAAGGUGAUCGACAAGGAGAAGAUCCUCAAGGUCGGCCUCACCGCCAACGUCAAGCGCGAGAUCUCGAUCCUCCGCCGCGUCCGCCACCCUAACAUUGUCCAAUUGUUCGAGGUUAUGGCGACGAAGACGAAGAUCUACUUCGUGAUGGAAUACGUCAAAGGCGGGGAGCUUUUCAGCAAGGUCGCCAAGGGGAGGCUGAAGGAGGACGUCGGCAGGAAAUACUUCCAGCAGCUGAUUUCCGCGGUCGCGUUCUGUCACGCGCGCGGCGUGUACCAUCGAGAUCUGAAGCCGGAGAACGUAUUGCUUGACGAGGAGGGGAAUCUGAAGGUUUCCGAUUUCGGAUUGAGCGCGAUUUCAGAGCAGAUCAAUCACGACGGCCUGUUCCACACAUUCUGCGGGACGCCGGCGUACGUGGCGCCGGAGGUGCUGGCGAGGAAGGGGUAUAAUGGGGAGAAGGUUGAUAUAUGGAGCUGCGGCGUUGUUCUGUUUGUUUUGAUGUCUGGUUACUUGCCCUUCCAUGACAAAAAUGUGAUGGCGAUGUAUAAAAGGAUUUACAAAGGGGAUUUCAGCUGCCCGCGCUGGUUCUCUCCGGAAUUGAUCCGAUUGGUUACUCGUAUGCUCGAUGCCAAUCCGGAGACGAGGAUCACGAUUCCGGAAAUCAUGAAGAACAGGUGGUUCAAAAGGGGGUUUAAGCAUGUCAAAUUUUACAUCGAGGAUAACAAGCUGUGUAGCUUUAAUGAGGAGAAUCUGUUCGACGAUUGCCUCUCCGAGCAAUCGCAGUCGGAAUCGGACUCGGAGCCGGAGAUCAAAAGGAAGCCGGCUAGCUUGAAUGCGUUCGACAUUAUCUCUUUCUCGAGUGGUUUUGAUCUGUCAGGGUUGUUUGAGGAAGGCGCAAACGGAAGGGCGCGAUUCGUGACGGCAGCGACGUUUUCUGCCGUGGUAUCGAAGCUGGAGGAAAUCGCCAAGGUUGUGAGCUUCACAGUGAGGAAGAAGGAUUUCAGAGUGAGCCUUGAGGGAUCGAGCGAUGGUGUGAAGGGGCCGUUGACGAUAACUGUCGAGAUAUUUGAACUAACACCGUCGUUGAGAGUGGUUGAGGUGAUGAGAAAGGGAGGUGACAGAGUAGAAUAUGAGGAAUUCUGUAACAAAGAAUUGAGGCCUGGAUUGCUCAGCCUCAACAAUGAAAUUGCUGUGGAUGAUUCUUCCCCACAAGGGUAAAUAUGGAAACUCCAUAUCUCCUUUAUUUCUAACAUUUGAUGAAUUAUGUUGAAUGUAAUUGCUAUGUUUUUUUUUGGUUUCUUGGA